CCCACGCCUGCUACUUCUUCUCCUUGUAGCUUGUGUACUGUCAAAAUGCUCGCAUUCGCGUCGCGAUCCAAGGCGCUGGUGAAGCGGGCACCCGCAGCCGCACGAUGGGCAAGUAGCGCAGUGAGCAAAGACCAGUUCAAGAUCCUGGUAGUAGGAGGAGGUUCCGCCGGUCUUACAGUGGCAAACCAGCUGUACAAGCGCUUCAAAAGCGCCGGAAAGGCCCUCAACGAGGGCGACAUCGCCAUCCUCGAUGCCGCCGAGUAUCAUUACUACCAGCCUGGAUGGACUCUCGUUGGCGCAGGCUUGAAGCAGAAGGAGGAGACACGCCGCAAUCUUGACACGCUCAUUCCAUCCCACCUCGCGCACAUCCCCGAGAAUGUCAAGACAUUCGAGCCUAAGUCGAACUCUGUUACGACGGCGUCAGGGCGCAAGAUCGGAUACGAGAACCUUGUCGUCGCGACGGGCCUCCAGACCAACUGGUCAUCCAUUCCAGGACUCGAGAAGGCUCUGGCCGACCCGAGCUCAGGCGUGUCCUCCAUAUACUCUUACAAUACUGCCGACAAGGUAUGGAGGGACAUUGAUGCCCUCCGGUCGGGCAAGGCCAUCUUCACCCAGCCCGCCGGCGUCAUCAAGUGUGCCGGAGCACCACAGAAAAUCAUGUGGAUGGCGUGGGACAGGUACCAGAGGACGGGUCGUGGGGACACGAUCUCCGUCGACUUCUACACCGGCACCCCCUCCAUAUUUAGUGUGAAGAAGUACGCGGACGCAUUGAACGAGCUUCGCAUUCAGCGCGGCGUGGGAGGUUACUUCAACCACAACCUGGUCAGCGUGAAUCCAGAUGCGCACAGGGCGACGUUCAAGACCCCAGAUGGCACAAUCGAUGUCGAAUACACUCUCCUGCAUGUUUCCCCACCCAUGGGUCCCCUUGAGGUCAUGAAGGACCAGCCCAUCGUGGACCAGGCGGGCUGGGUCUCUGUCGACCAGGCUACGCUCCGCCAUACCAACCCCGAGUUCGGCAAUGUCUGGGCGCUGGGUGACUGCUCGAGCUUGCCGACCAGCAAGACAGCCGCUGCUAUCACUGGCCAGGCUCCUGUCUUGACUGAAAACCUGUUCUCCGUUGUCGAUACCGGCAAGAUCGCAAACGCGGCAUACGACGGCUACACCAGCUGCCCAUUGUUGACUGGUUACGGCCAACUCAUGCUGGCUGAGUUCAAGUACGGUCUGGAGCCCAAGGAGUCUUUCGCGAACAUCCUUGGCGAUCAGGCCAUUCCGCGCGCAGCAUACUACUACCUCAAAAAGGACCUCUUCCCUUGGGCCUACUGGAAUCACAUGAUCAAGGGCAACUGGUUUGGAUCGUCUGGGUUCAUUCGGCCCUCGUUCGGCCAGUAGACAUCCCGGUGAUUGCAGUACUACAUUCAUGUAUUACCAUAUUUUUUGGAUAUAGCUUUCUGAGAUCCCUCUGUCUCGUCCGCAUCGACCGCCGCUAUGCGAACUUAUGACUCGA